AGAGAGCAGAGCCUGAGCUCAAGUUGGCAACUACACCGACACGGAUGCUGAGGACUUUACUCAUGUUUCCAGACCGACAUUUUUUAGGAGAAUUUUUUUUUUUUUUUAAGACUAAUUUCUUCUGUGCCACCUCCUCCUGCAGGCCUAGCGUAUUUAUUUGCAUUCAGUCAACGAGAAUGAACUUUACUUAGGACGCAUCCCUCCUGCAGGUAUCCUGAGGUCCAGUCCCGCCAUCGUCAUCCACUGGGGGUCUUUUUCUUGUGAUAAAGUUCAGUUUCACCACAGAUUAUCAUUCAGCACGCUCACUUUUGCUCGAGGACGGAGGAUAGAGGACAAUGGGGGCCGGUGGGGUUUCCCCCCAAGCCCUGCUGUGGCUCAACCUGUUCAGCUUGAUCUCUCUGGCGUCGCCCCUCAACCCGGAUGACCCCAACGUGUGCAGCCACUGGGAGAGCUAUGCAGUGACCGUGCAGGAGUCUUACGCUCAUCCAUUCGACCAGGUCUACUACACCCGCUGCACCGACAUCCUCAACUGGUUCAAAUGCACCAGACACAGGAUCAGCUACAAGACGGCGUACAGACGAGGCGUGAGGACCAUGUACAGGCGACGCUCUCAGUGCUGCCCCGGCUUCUAUGAAAGUGGAAACUUGUGUGUUCCGCUGUGCACUGAAGAGUGUGCCCACGGACGCUGUGUCUCUCCUGAUACCUGCCAGUGUGAGCCCGGCUGGGGAGGACUGGACUGCUCCAGUGGCUGUGAGAGUGACUUCUGGGGGCCCCACUGCAGUAACCGCUGUCAGUGCCGGAACGGGGCCAAAUGCAACCCGAUAACCGGAGCCUGCGUCUGCACUGAUGGCUACCAGGGCUGGCGCUGCGAGGAGCCCUGUGACGCCGGUUUCUACGGCAAAGACUGCCUUCAGGAGUGCCAGUGCCUCAACGGCGCCACCUGCCACCAUCAGACCGGCGAGUGCCUGUGUGCUCCCGGAUACACCGGAGCCUUCUGCGAGGAGCCUUGUCCUCCAGGUAAACACGGCUCCCUGUGUGAACAACGCUGUCCCUGUCAGAACGGAGGAACCUGCCAUCACGUGACCGGACAGUGCUCCUGUCCCGCCGGCUGGGUGGGUCCGGUGUGCGCGCAGCCGUGUUCCUUCGGAUCGUUCGGCAUUAACUGCUCUCUGGAGUGCACGUGUCGUAACGGAGGCCUGUGUGACCACAUCAGCGGUCAGUGCCAGUGCACCGCCGGAUACAUCGGAGAGAGAUGCCAGGAUGAAUGCCCAGUUGGCACCUACGGGCCGCAGUGCGCCCACAAGUGUGACUGUCAGAAUGGGGCCAAGUGCUACCACAUCAACGGGGCCUGCCUCUGCAACGAGGGCUUUAAGGGCCCCAGCUGCCAGGACCGCUUCUGUCCCACAGGCCUGUACGGACUCAUCUGUGACAAAUACUGCCCCUGCAAAACUGCAAACACACUCAGCUGUCACCCUCUGUCAGGAGAGUGCACCUGUGCGGCAGGAUGGGCGGGGCUUUACUGUAACGAGACCUGCCCGGCAGGUUACUACGGCGAGGGCUGCAGGGAGCUGUGUGCCUGUGCCAACGGAGCCGACUGCGACGGCAUCACUGGAGCUUGUGUGUGCGCUCCAGGGUACAUAGGGGACGACUGCUCUAUCAGCUGUCCCGCGGGCCUCUACGGGACCAACUGCACCUCCUCGUGCUCCUGCCACAACGAGAUCUCCUGCUCGCACGUCGACGGCUCCUGUAUCUGCAGAGAAGGCUGGCAGAGCGUGGACUGUUCCAUCCCUUGCUCCAGCGGUAUUUGGGGACUGAGCUGCAAUCAGACGUGUCAGUGUGCCAACGAGGCAGCCUGCGACCCCGUCAACGGGACCUGCACCUGCUCGCCGGGCUGGAGGGACGAAUACUGCGACGUACCGUGUCCUGAGGGAUCGUACGGGCUGGACUGCAGAGAGAUGUGUGACUGUGUCAACGCUGAUGGCUGUGAUCCAGUGACCGGCUUCUGCCACUGUCUCGCAGGUUGGACAGGUGUCCAUUGUGACAGUGUGUGCGAGGAAGGACGCUGGGGACCCAACUGCUCCUACAGUUGCACCUGUGAGAACGGAGGCUCCUGCUCUCCAGAGGACGGCACCUGUGUGUGCGCCUCCGGGUACCGCGGCACCAACUGCAGGCGAACGUGUUCGCCUGGUUUCUACGGCCACCGUUGCAGCCAGUCGUGUCCUCAGUGUAUCCACAGCGAUGGCGCGUGCCACCACGUCAGUGGCCAUUGUGAGUGUCUCUCUGGCUUCUUCGGCUCGCUGUGCAAUCAGGUGUGUCCCAGUGGAAAGUUCGGUAAAGCCUGUGCGGAGGCGUGUUUGUGCACCAACAACGGCACCUGUAACCCCAUCGACGGCUCCUGUCAGUGCUACCCGGGAUGGAUCGGCGAGGACUGCUCCAAACCGUGUCCUCAGGGCUCUUGGGGCCCAGACUGCAUCCACACAUGUAACUGUCACAAUGGAGCCCAGUGCAGCCCUACAGACGGAGAGUGUAACUGCAGCCCUGGAUGGACGGGACUCUACUGUACUCAGCGCUGUCCGACGGGUUUCUACGGCUCGCAGUGUGCCGAGGUGUGUCGCUGCCAGAACGGGGCGGACUGCGACCACAUCAGUGGACAAUGCUCCUGCAGGACGGGCUUCAUCGGAGAGCGCUGUGAGCUCAAGUGUCCUGCGGGGACGUUCGGUUACGGCUGCCAGCAGCUGUGUGAGUGUAUGAACAACGCCACCUGCGACUACGUGACGGGUACCUGCUACUGCAGCAUCGGCUUCAAAGGCAUCCGCUGUGACCAGGCGGCUCUGAUGAUGGAGGAGCUGAACCCCUACACCAAGAUCAGCCCAGCCCUGGCGUCGGAGCGCCAGUCGGCCGGCGCCGUCCUCGGCAUCAUCUUCCUGCUGCUGCUCAUCAUGGCCAUGCUCAGCCUGGUGGUCUGGUUCCGCUACCGGCAGAGAGAGAAAGGCCACCACGUGCCGAGCGUCACCUACACGCCCGCCCUGCACAUCAACUCCACCGACUACUCGCUCUCAGCAGGGCUGCAGUGUGCAGGUCUGCUCUCCUCUGCAGAGUCCUCUCCCAGUAACAGCACUGUAGGCCGCUGCUUCUCCAACCCCAGCUACCGCACCCUGGGGCCCUGCACCUACGCCGCUCACUACGCCAAGCCAGACAAGAGGAGCUCCGCCAAGAUGAAGAUAAAGAAGCGACACAGGAACAGUGCUCCAGAGUGGGGGGCCUACUGUAACCUCAGUGAACUGGGUGUUUACUGCAUCGACCGGCGGUACAGCUACCACGUGGAGCCGCGCUACAGAGACUACAUGAAGGGCUCCUUGUCCAGCACGUGCUCCCUCAACAGUGAAAACCCGUACGCGACCAUCAAUGACCCGCCCGGCCUGUGUAAGCACUCAGAGAGCAGCUACGUGGAGAUGAAAUCGCCGGCUCACCAUGAACACAUGACACACUGCUGCUCCGCCGCCAUCAUCACCACGACCACGACCACCACCGCCGCGCCCGCCAAGAAUGUCUACGACAUGGAACCGACCAUCAGUAUCGUCCAGGGAGCUGGCAGCAUGGUGGUUCCCAGUUACCCUCAGAACCCGUACGACCUGCCCAGGAACAGCCACAUCCCCAGCCACUACGACCUGCUGCCCAUGCGCCCGAGCCCCUCUCACAGCCACAGCCUCACCAUGCACAGCCACAGCCCCCCGCUGCCCGGCAGCCCCACCAGCUCGCUGCUCUAGACCCCAACAGCCUCACCCAGCACCCAGACUGGACACUGGACCACUGCUCCCAGUUCAGUCAGAAUCAGGAAAUUGUGAAUUUUUUUGGUCGUUACACUGAGCGCACAUUCAGAGGCCAUAAGGACAUAAAGACAACUUUAUUUAUUUAUUGUGAAAGAGGUGAGAAUCUCCUUCUUGCAGUGCUCCGACUGUUGCACUGCUGUUUGAUAUUUUAUCACUGUAUUAUAUCCAAACUGUUUUCGUGCCAGUCAAUACUACAUAUUUGUGUUGUAUUGUAAAUUCCCCCUCAUCAACAAAGUGUCAAUAGAGGGAAUAUACACGUACGUAUGCACACAAGUAUACCUUUUUUUCUUGGUAUGCGGAUCUCUUUGUCUUUUUUCUUUGAUACGUCCUGGGAGAGAAGAUGUAAAGUCGAGGACGAGUGGAAAAACAACUUAACUGAUGUAAAUUUCUGUAACUGAAAAAUGGGAUCCAAAGACAAGACUGGGGUCCACGUCACACCUGGAUUACGUGGAUCUGCCAACUUGUACAAAGAAGACGGGCAUUACGGCCUGUAGCUCCGGAGAAAAGGUGCUCAUUACUCUGAUAAACUCCCCAAAAAAGGGACAAUCUGUGAAUAAAUGCACACAAACUGCAGUCUGGUCAGAUUUACACUACCUGUAUAGUUCUGGUAUUUUUACACAUCGUUUCUUAUUUCCUGUUUACAUAUUUAAAGAUCCUGCCGGGGAUCCAUAUUUUCUCUUUGUAAAGUUAUCUUUUUGUAUGUACUGUAGACAGAGUGGUGUAUUGGCUGUACACUUACUGUACACUAGUGAUUAUUAUUGUGGUUUUCUUUUGUUGUGUCAAGCUUAAUACACAUGCAUGCCAAAGAUUAUUCAAGAUAUAAUAGUUAGCCAGGAAUACCCUUUAUUAUGUCCUUUGGUGCAAACUGAUUAUUGUCAACUGACUGUGUCAACAUGGGAUUAACUCCAAUCUCCAAUCAUUACUGAUUAACCUGAUUGUUUUUUCAAUUAAUUGAUUCAUAGUUUGGCUGAUAAAUGUCAUAAAGUAGUGAAAAAUAAUCAAAUCUAAUGUCCAAAAGAUGUUUUGUCUGAUCAAAAGUUCAAAACUUUAAGACAUUUUUGCCCCUCAGAGCAGCGGUUCCCAACCUCAGGGUCACGAGGACCUUUUGAUUUUAAAGCUUGAAAGAAAACUUCAGUAAAGAAAAGUAAAUGUAAAGUAAAUUAAAUUGUCUAGUAGAACAAUGGCAAGAACAAGAAAACACAGAAUUUGUCAAAAAGGAAGCUUAAGUCUGUAUGAUUGUUAAAAAUAAUUUAAAAAAUACAUAAUACAGACAGAAGACUGUAUAAAAAGUUCCCUAAACAAUCUACAAUGGAAAUAAUCUGCUUGAACUUCAUCCAAUUCACAAAUUUUACACAAAUUUCUUCAGUUACUGAGUUCCUUAUUUAGGUUCAUUGUACAGUUUUCAAUAUAAUAUGAAAUAUCCAUAAAAUACAUCACUAAAUGAUAGAAAAGGCGUCCCUAAAGAAGAGAUUGGGAACCACUGACUGAAAGGUCCAGUGUGUAGCAUUUAAUGGCAUCUAGCUGUGGGGUUGCAGAUUGCAACCAACUGAAUACCCCUCGCCUUCCAAUGUAGCAUGUAGACAGAAAUCAGCGACCUUUACUAUAAAGAAUGAGCCAUUUUUGUCAAAGAAUUAUAUAUAUAUAAAAACAAAGAAAAGUCAUGUUUAAUUCCAUUAUUCCAUCCACAUUACAAUCUAAUAUUUAUAAUUAUCUUAAAAUGCUGUUUAGAUGGGUUUUUUGUUAAUUAAUGAAACAUAAAAAUGAAUUGGUUUAUGUUGUAGAUUUCAGAACAUGGUAUUUAAGUGAGAGCAUGUACAGAAGGUCAGACGUUCAACACUAUCCAGUGACUGGCUGUACAUUAGAUUUGCUGUCAGGAGAAACUUGUUGACAUUAAGAAAAGUCGAAGGUGACUGAGGAAAUUUAGGCAAACGUUUACAUCAGGAUGGAUGAGAGUUACAGUUCAUCCCUCCAAACUAACUCCUAAAACUCGCUGACAUCGUUCCACAGCUGCCUGCACAUGUGUCCGACCACAUCCUUUGUUUAUAUUUGAUUAUUUAUUAUUAUUAUUAUUAUUGUUUAUUUUAAUCCAUAGCUAGCCUAGAUAGGGAGACUCAAGACUAGCAGCCACCGCUAUUGAAGUCUGGCAAACUCAAGAGGAAAGCUAACGUAACUUAUGACGCGCAUUAUAGAUAACGAAAAGUAAAAAAGAAACAACGUAUUUGAUGUGUAAUGGCUACACAUUUGUGCAAUUUUAAAACGAGAACGUAAGAAUCUCUAAAGGACUACAACAAAAAUGUUAAAGGACCAGUGUGUAGGAUUUAGUGGCGUCUAGUGGUGUAGUUGCAGAUGGCACCUUCACUCUCGCCGUCUGAGCACGAAGGAGAAACUGUAGACUCUGUAGAUAAACACGUCUCAUUCUAAGGUAACAAACACACACCUUAAUAUUAUAAUAUUAUAUUUCUGACAAUAGAUCCUCCUCAAUGUUACACACUGGACCUUUUAAUCAAUUAUCAGAUUAGAUGCCUAUUGAUGUAUUUGUUCCAGCGAGGUCUAAAGUGGAAGUAUUUUCCAUAAAAAGGCCAAUGACCGUCUCAGAUUUCAAUACUUGCAACUAUUUCUGACAUUACUGAUGAAAUAGAGCCGUAAUGUAUGAAAUCCUGUUUAAUGUUUCAAUGACACACAGGUCAGUUGUGUUAAUUAUAUCUUGGCAAACAGCAAUAACAGGACAUGUUGACAAUCAGAUGUAAAACAGCUGCCCCCCCCCCCAUGUACUUGGUUCCCUACUUUUGUUCCAUUUGCUCUGACUUUAUCUUGCUUGUAUGUCUUUUCUUCAGCUUCGAUCCAAAUAAUAGUUUCAGCUCCAGUAGAUGUAUCGAGUGCUGCUUGUUGGUCUUUUUGUUUCAGACUCAAUAAAGUUGUUAUAGCUCAGGA